AUGGCCUCUCAAGUACCACCCGAUGGUCCCGGCCGUGGUAUAAGUCAACUAUAUCCAACCGCUCCAGUCUCAAGUAUGAAAUCACAAGCACCUCCCGCAGAUGCUCCUGCACGAGGCGUGAGCCAGCUUUAUCCAUCCGGUAAUCCUUCACAGGUGCAGAUACUUGGAGCUCCUUCUAAGGUACCCUCAGCUGCUCCAAGGCAAUCGCAUCAUCCAUCGGUUAGACCUUUUCAUGCUGCUACUCUCAGAGCUCCAUCUCAGAGCCCACCCCAUCAUCCAUCUACUAGACCUUCUCAUGCUGCUACUCUCAGAGCUCCGACUCAAAGCCCAUCUCAUCAUCCAUCUAUCACUCCUUCUCAUGCUGCAGCUCUGAGAAUCGCUUCUCAAGCCCCCCAUUCCUACACAUCAGCCCGUGGUAUAAGUCAAUAUACCACCGCCGUUUCCAAGAAGUCAGGUCGUGAACCUUCCGCAAUACCUAUAAUGAGUAUGAGUACGAAUGUCGGUGCCACAGAGCUUAAACGCGAUGCUUCUAUAAACUACUAUCGCCAACCGACAAUCAUCUUACAGUCCCCAUCUGAUCAAAACACACAAUACCAACGUGACACAGUCACCUUCAUCCCACGCCAAUCUGCUCAACCGACAUUACUCCAACGAGAUCAUUCCAAGAUCCCACCCGCAAUUUCAGCAAUAAUGGAAGCCAGAAUAACCCCCAUCAUCGGGCCCUCGAAGAAGUUCGAAAACCUACCAAGUGCACGAAGCAUUCUCCACUCCAAAAUCGAUAUCCAAAUGGCCAGUCGUCAAAGCACCAUCAACGAACUGCAAGGCGCCGAGCGCGCAGCACAGGAUGAAUGGGCUUUGGGUAAACUUGGGAAAUUGAAUACGGGAUGUCCGCAAAACUAUGGAUGGUCCCGUCGAGGAGAUGGCUAUCUCUGUGAUGGGGGAAGUCAUUAUAUUACGGAUAAAUUGUUGUGUGAAGGGAUGGGUGGCUUGUUUGUGGUGAAGGAUAAAAAUGAUUGGCAGAAUCGAAGUGAGGGCGUGUAUUAUUGGGCGGGUAAGAAUGAACAGGGUAAGAAUCUCUUCAAGAAGAUUAAGUCGCCUGAGUUUGGGUAA